GAAAAAACCAAAUUACGCUCUUAUUUCUUUAAAAAUUCUGAUAAAGUAGAUAAAGCGAUGGAAAUACUUGAUACUUGUCAAACGCCUAAGGCGAAACUUGACUUUAUGAGGGAAACUUUCUUGAAAUCAGGAAUCAACGAAAAAAGAAAAUUUUCUGAAGAAUUUAGAGCAUUCUCAAUACCCAAUAAAAAGAAAUUUUCUAUCAACAGUACAAUAAUGCCGUGGGAACGUAAAAAUGUCUAUUUCGUGGACCCGGCUGAAAAUAACGAAAAAUUAAUCGAAUUAAUUUGUGAGGGUGAAUACGUGUUGUUACACGGUCCACGUGCUUCCGGGAAAUCCACACGAGCAUUACGAGCAAUGGACCAGCUGGAAGAAAUCGGAUAUCUUUGUAUUUACUAUUUAUCUGCCGAUGUUGAUCGCUUUUGGAAAACUGUUGCCAGAGGUAUCAGGCGGGAACUUGUUAAAAAAUACAAGGAUAGGAUUAAACUAGCGGAAUCCACAUCUUAUGAAUCUUAUAAUAUACCCGAUAUGGAAACAAUAGAGGACAUAAUGGAUGUAUUUGCUGUAAAUGCAGAGAUUUGGAAUCAUUUAUAUGAUGGGCGUAGCAAGAACAUAAUUCUUUUCUUUGACGAAUUAGAUACUUUACUUACAUCCAGACUCAAGGAAGUCUGCAACUCGUUCUUAUCUAAUCUUCGUGUUAUUAAAACCGGUCCUUCAUACGUAAUAAAAUCCGUUAUUGGAAUUGGGACUUUCAGCAUUUUAAGUUUGAACCAGUCAGAUCGGUCUUUGUCACCAUUCAAUAUUAACGAUGCAUUUGCAAAUCCGAAUUUCACCAAAGGACAAGUAAAGAUUAUUUUCAAGGAUUUUAUGAACGACCGUGACUUAAACAUCGAUGAUCGGAUCAUAGAUGAUAUCUACGCAUCGACGAAUGGACAUGCUGGUCUUGUAAAUCUGUGCGGACGUGAGGUUGAAGAAAUUAAUGGAGAAUAUUCAUCAUGGAUACUUUACAAAAUCAAGAAUUUGGGAAUGGAAAUUUCCAAUUAUGCAACGUUUGCGAGAUUGAUCAAAUCUUUAAAGUCUGACGAUGCACAAGAAGCCAUGACUCUACUUCGUACUAGAUUUCUUGGUUCCCUUGAUACUGAGGAAAUCACGGAUUAUGAUGAACUUGCAUUAGUCAAGUUUCUGAUAUCCGAAGGUGUCUUGAUAUAUGAAGGAGACUUUCGAAAUUCAAAUAACAAUUUCACACAAGUAAAUAUGGUCACAUGUUCAUGGGAUACGAUUGGUAAAAAACGCGAUAUUAGAUUUAAAGUGAUUGAGAUCCAUUAG